CCCAUCCUAUCUCUCUAAGAUCCAUUCUAAUAUUGUUCACCCACCUAUGCCUUGGUCUUCCCUGUGGUCUCUUUCACAUUUGAUAUACUGUGAAUUACUUUCGUAUGGAGAAAUAAUCGUCAUUUCUGUAGGAAUGUAAUUUGAACAUAAUUAUUUUUCAAGAUGGUUGGUGUUUGUUUAAAUGAGCCUUAUGUACAAUAAAGCUACUGCUCAGUUACCAAAAAACAAAGAACUUUAUUAUUUUGAUGUUUUAAAACAAUCAUGAAACAACACUUAAACUGGAUUUUGUAAAAUUGAGGGAUGUUUGCUGAAUGUGCUUGAACUAACAAACUCCAUGGAGAUCAACCCUUCUCGAGGAGCCGGUAGUUGCGCAGCUACUCAAGAAGUUCUGAACUUUUUAAGGAAAUUGAAGGUUCAUUACUGUGUCAACAAGAGCUCUCCAUUCAUCCCUGUACAGUCCAUACCACCCCAUCCACCUGUGUCUUGGUCUUCCUAGUGGUCUCUUUCAUUCUGACUUUUCAACCGAAAUCCUAUAUUGAAUAUGCUUGAAGCACUUCCUUUUCAUCUUCAAAGUAUCACCAUAGUUUAUUGUGUUUUUGUUUUAUUUGAUAACGUAUCUACCAUAUAACUUAUAUAAUGUGAAAUAAUGCAAUGGUUGACAGUUGAGAGAGAUUGGAAAGAAACAGGGUUGGUUAUUUUUGAGUGCAGAUGAGGCCUUUGAAAUGUGGAAUUCUGUUGUCUGACACCGCUUCUGCCACUGAUGCUUUUUGAACAUUAUUUGUUCUUUGUUCACAUCUGCAUACAGUAUUCAUAUCACUGUGUUGCUUUGUACUUUUUUUUAUCCCUGAAUAUGAUUUAUUUAAGUGUUAUGGUCUAGUCGUAAGAAUAUAAGUUUUAGAACCCCAACCUAUACUGUGCUCAGGCUGAAUAGUUUGCUGUUGGCUUCUCAGCACAGAGGUCUGAAUUCAACAGCAAGAGAAUAGUCAUUGCAAGAGGAGUAGCUGGACGAAAAGAAGACGUUGCGAGAACAGCCUUCAAAGAAAAGGAACGGGAAUGCACCGUUAGACUAUUUGGGAUGAACAGCCUUAAGGAGGGAGCAGUGUGAUGUAUUUGCCCUAUGCAGGACACCCCCUCCCCCGCCAGCUGUGACAUAACCGCAUCGGAGUACUGCCGCUGCUAUGAUAACAGGAUAGUCCAUAUGGGAAUUUUUGCUGCACAAAAUAUACUAGAAUGGUUUCUGUAAAGUGCUUUGCUUUUUCCCUGUCAGAUCUCAUCCCACCAAUAUUCCAUGAUUAUCCAUCAGAUGCCAGCACAGUAUGCCCAUUAGAGGCCACAAUACCAAGGGACUCAUUCUUACUGCUACUACUGCUACCAGUGAUACCAUCACAACAGAAACUAAGAACAAGAAGAAGUACUGUGCCAUUGUUUCAGCGGAAGAAUUGAAGAAAAUCAUGGAAAACUCUGAAGUAGCCAUCUGUGGCCAAGAACUGCUAGAUAUGAAGGAGGACAUACUCACUUGUGGAGCUGAGCCCUUCUGGAGGAGCCGCCAAUUCUGCAGCUACUCAAGAAUUUCCCAGCAUUUUAUGGAACCCGAAGUUGAAUAUGCCAUUAAACAAAUAGACUAUCAGUCUACCAUGACACCUCCAGCACAGUACCAAGAAGUUCUCCACACCACGCACAUCACACAGGUAUGGCAAAUCAGUAGUUUCUCUCACUUAAUGAGGUUCCAAAUAAUAAUGAUAAAAGAAAAAGAACAAAUUCCUGUAUAAUACUUGCAGACAAACAUAUGGCAUUCUUCGUAACCAGCAGUAGAAGACUACGUCCAUCAUUAUUUCUGUGUACUUGGCCGUGCCAUAGCUCAAGCGGUUAGUUGCUGGCUUCCUACCGUAGCGGCCCAGGUCAGGUGAAGUGGGAUUU